AUGGCGUCCAGGCCGGCCACCUUCCGUCUGCGCACGCUCCGUUGUGACCUGUCAUUCCCUGGCAAUAAAUUGGUCUCUGGAGAUCACUGUAAAAUCAUAGUGAAUGAUAAAUCCGGUCAGGUGUUGCUGGAAGAUACCAGCACCAAUGGCACAGUAAUUAACAAGCUAAAGGUGGUCAAGAGGCAGACAUGCCCUCUGCAGACUGGCGACGUCAUCUACGUGGUGUACAGGAAGAAUGAGCCUGAACACAAUGUGGCUUACCUCUAUGAGUCUCUCAGCGGAGAGCGAGGUGCAGCACCAGACCCUUCUGGUGCCAGUGAGGACAACGUGCUCCAAGCGACCAAAGCCUCUACCUCUUCCGUGGAGCUCUCCCUUGCAGGGCGGGAGACUUCCUCCGGUGCUGGCUCUGGAGCUGCAGGCAUCUCCCCAAGAGGCAGUGGUCCUGUGGCAGACAUGCUCCCCAGGAGCCCAGCAGCCCCGCCAGCUCAGGUGUGCGUAUCCUCCACUCCAUCGGCACCUCAGGACCAGGAGGGUUUGGAGCCUGUGAAGAAGCGCACGAGAGGAGAUGAGGAGACUGACAUGGCCCUACCACUGUUGGCUGCUGAUCAGUGUCCAGCGGCCCCCACCAGCCUAGAAGCUGUCAGAGCUGCAGCCCUGAAGCCAGACAGGAUGGAGGAGACGCUCACGUGCAUCAUCUGCCAGGACCUGCUGCACGACUGUGUGAGCCUGCAGCCCUGCAUGCAUACCUUCUGUGCCGCCUGCUACUCGGGCUGGAUGGAGCGCUCCAGCCUGUGCCCCACCUGCCGCUGCCCAGUGGAACGGAUCUGCAAGAACCAUAUCCUCAACAACCUGGUGGAGGCGUACCUUCUUCAACACCCAGACAAGAGUCGCAGCGAGGAAGACGUUCGGAGCAUGGCUGCACGGAACAAGAUCACGCAGGACAUGCUGCAGCCCAAGGUGCGGAGGUCCUGCUCUGACGAGGAGGGCAGCUCCGAGGACCUGCUGGAGCUGUCGGACGUAGACAGUGAGUCCUCAGACGUGAGCCAGCCAUACAUCGUGUGCAGGCAGUGCCCUGAGUUCCGAAGGCAGGCGGGGCAGCCCCUUCCCUGCCCCGGGUCUGGCAGUGAGUCAGGGGCACCGCUGGCCCCAGGGGGGGAUGCCCCAUCCACAUCUACCCAUGCCACAGCAGCUCCAGAGUACGUGUGUACCAUGCAGGGAAGCCAUGCCAUCUGCACCUGCUGCUUCCAGCCCAUGCCUGACCGGAGGGCUGAGCGUGAGCAGGACCCCCGCAUCGCCCCGCAGCAGUGCACCGUCUGCCUGCAGCCCUUCUGCCACCUGUACUGGGGUUGUGCCCGUUCCGGCUGCCAUGGCUGCCUGGCCCCAUUCUGUGAACUCAACCUGGGUGACCGGUGUCUGGACGGGGUGCUGAGCAACAACAACUACGAGUCUGACAUACUCAAGAGCUACCUGGCCACCAGAGGCAUGACCUGGAGAAAUGUGCUCACCGAGAGCCUGGCGGCACUGCGCAGGGGUGCUUUUCUGCUGUCUGAUUACAGGGUCUCGGGGAGCACUGUGCUAUGUUACUCCUGUGGCCUGCGCAGCUUCCGAGAGCUGACCUACCAGUACCGGCAGAGCAUUCCCGCCUCUGAGCUCCCAGUGGCUGUUACCUCUCGUCCUGACUGCUAUUGGGGUCGCAACUGCCGCACACAGGUGAAGGCGCACCAUGCCAUGAAGUUCAAUCAUAUCUGUGAACAGACACGGUUCAAGAACUGAGUGUGCCCAGAGGCUUUGACCUGGCCCAGCUCACUGGAGGUUGAUGUCAAGGUUUCAGAAAGCACCAAACUUGGACGUGUGAGGGCAUCAAGAGCCCCUCAGCCGCGGGUCUCUGCACUGGCGCGGUAAGACUGCAUCUAUGCCAGGAGGACUUAGCAGCCUGGUGUGACCAUGCUCUGAGAUGCUGCCAGUACCUGUGCUUCCACUGGGUUGGCCCACUGCGCUCACCUGCCCAUAGCACCACGAAGCUUUGCCCUUUGCAUUUUUCCCACAACUGGUUCAAGAACAUCUCUUCAAGAAAAGUUUCAUGGAGGGAAGAGUCAGAAAUACGCUUUUUAAGGAAAAUGGACAAAAGUUAACAGGCCGCCAUAUCUUAACAUCAUUUUAUUUUCAUAGGUCUGGUGCUUAUCUUCUAAUAAGAUUUAAAUAUAACUGUAGCACAAAUAAUAUAAUUUAUAAGUUACGUAUUGACUAAAAUUGGGUCUAGUGUGUUGAGACAAAUAAACUCGUUUUUGUUUACUAAAAUAAAAUCAUCAGCUAUCCAGAGCUGCUAGCUCUGGACACCAGACUUCAAGUGCCAGCCCUUCCUAUCAGGCCCCCAGCCCGCCCCAGAGGCUCUCAGUGCAGCUGCAGCUGGCCACAACUUUCCUCUCCUUCUUUCCGGAGCCACUCAGCUCGCAUUGGGGCCUUUCCUUCCCUCCUCCAUUGAGUUUGCCCUGUGAUCUGAAGAAUACUUGAAUUUUUGUUCUUUGUUUAAAAAAAAAAUGUUUUUUAUCUUUCCUUAAAAUCCUCUGUUUCAUUUGUUUGCAAAAUUGUAACCUUUUUGCUUCUCAGGAAUCCAAUUUUCAACUAUUGUCUUGCUCUUGACACAGACUGAAGCGGUUGUUUAUGAAGAGCCCUGCUUCCUGUUCUAAUAAACAGCUGAGUCUGUCCCCA